AGCUUUUCUUAUUCCUUUUCUAUUUUGGCGGUUGGGGAAGGAGAGCUUUCGGAGGGCUUAUAGUACUCUCACCCGAGUUCAACACUUGAGAUUUAUCCUUUUGAAUCGAGAACCCUUUCGCCGUUCUUACAUAUUCAAGUUUUGAGAAAUCCUUAGCAAGGUAUUUGUAACCUAUUGUGCUCCUGGCUCGGUGUGUAUAGGAAUUAUUGGCCACUGCAAUGUAUGGAGGUAUUUGUAAAUAGUUCUCCUUGGCCAAUGCCUAGUGGAGAAACUACACUGCACCAAGAGGAGAAUAAAACUUAACCUAACUCAACUAUCACUAAGAGUAGGAGAACAAAAAAUCUAUAACAAAAAGAACUCAUUAAAACUUACCACAAAAAGAUUGUAAUUGAGAGAUGUUGAAGUUCUUAACAAUCUUAGGGCAUGCAAAAGGGCUUGAGAAAAGAGGAGUUAGAGAAAAGAUGGGUGAAGGAUCGAAAGUCAUGAAUUGUGAGAAAUAGAGAACAAAAAGUUGGUUUUUCUCAUUUAAGGGCAAUAUGGACAUUUCACAUCUCAUUUGUCUCAAAAGUCUUCUUUUUUAAAAAUCGAUUCCAUAAGUCUUUAACACACUAAAACGAGUCCUAUUUUUGGCAAUUUCUCUAAUUCUUUCCAGUUAUCACACUGUUUCUAAUUAGAUUAAAUGAAUAUGUUUCUUAAAAAGCCCUCUGUUUGGAUAUUAUAUCACGUUUUGGUUCUAUGAGGAAGGAAUUCGAGGUGCUAGACUGAAUGUGAUCGUUCUAAGAGCUCUAGGUCUGGCUUGGUUGUAUGCAAAUGAAAUUAUGUCAAAAGAUGUUGGUCAGAUGAGAUUAUUGUUAAUUAUGAAAUUUUAUAAUCCUGCUCGAGUCUCUAAAUUGUCCUGUUCAGUGAGACAGUGUUCUAACUUUUAAAGAUUUCAACUAGUUUUAUGAGAUCGGUAACUAACUAAAAAGUUCUAGGGGUUGCUGUGAUCAGAUACUUAGAAAUAGAGAAGUUGACUAAGUGAAUAGGGAUUGCAUAAUAGAGGUUCAAAUAUGAUGGAUAGUUUUGUCACAUCACUUGUAGGUUAAUGUCUUUCUUUCUUCAGAUAUGGUGAAGUAUGGAAACAAAUCAAAGGCGUGGUACAAACAGCAGACAAUCUCAGUUCUUAUUGUGUCUGCUUUUCUUAUCCUUUUUGUGUUGAUGAUGUCAUUUCGCAAGGAGUCUCAAGAGCACGAUAUUUUAGUUGAGGUGACGCCAAAGCAAAAGUGGGAUAGCUUUAACUCUCUUGUGCAAUUUAAUCCAAAAAGAGAGUUUUACAAUGGAACUGACAUAAUAUCACAAAUUCCUGAUUCUCCGAAGGCUGUUUUGUUCUUUGCUCAUGGCUGCAAUGGUAAAGCUGUCAACUUCUGGGACAAAUCUCCCGAUUGCCCUUCUUGUGUUGGUUUGCCUGAAGAACGGUUGAUUGUCCUCCAUGCUCUCAGCAGACAUUUUGCGGUUCUUACAAUAUCCAGCUCUCAGAAAUGUUGGACAUUGGGGAAGGAAUUGGCAGUUGUUAAAGACAUAAUACGUUGGUGGGUUGAAAAGAACAAACUUGAGAAACUUCCUCUUGUGGGUUUAGGCGCCUCCUCUGGUGGGUAUUUUAUUUCGGUACUGGCCACUAAGUUGAAGUUUAAUAGUAUUACUUUGAUGAUUGCUGAAGGGUUGUACGAACAAAUGGAGGUAACAGAGAGAUACCCACCUACUCUUUUUGUACACAUGCCGAAAGAUCAUUUUAGGCAACAAAAGAUCAAUGAAAACAUGGAGUUUUUGAAAGGUAAAGGAAUUGAUGUUGCAGAGAUUGAAUGCUCCGAGUUUGCUCUGUCGCCACAUUUUUUGGCUGACCGAAUCCCAGGACUUGACAAGGGUGUUUCUGCUAAAUUGUUUGAGCUUUUCCAAGCCAAGGGCUUUGUAGAUGGAAAUGGAAGGAUGCUCAAAGAUGGACGUGCAACACGAUGGAAAGAAGCCCUCAAGACGAGUGGAAUUAGUUUACCCGAUAAUAGUCUAACCAAUCACAUUCAAGAAGAGUUGAAUCUUGCCUUUGCAUACCACGAAAUGACUAGUUUAGAGGCCGACAAGAUUUUCACAUGGUUUGAAUCUCACUUGAAAUGAUUCUGUCAACAUUUAAAGAAAAUCCAGGUUCUUAGGACCAUCACCUAUCUAAGCACACACACGCAGAAGUACACGCACUAGAAGAAAAUGUACAGAGAACAGUUUUCUCAUCCACAUUUUUUGUAAUGCUAGUGGUGAUGGUUUUGUAUUCAUAUUUACACUGUUCAGUUAAGAAAGUUGAAGUAAGAACAUGAAUAAAUGAUCAUUUUCAACUCGCA